AUGGCGAAACUAUCACAGCAGAAAACCCAGAAAAACAAUUCAAGCAAUAAUGAUAACCUUGACGUAACUAACACUGUCACCACCAAGACCAAACGAACAAGGAGAAGUGUCCCUAGAGAUACCCCACCUCAACGCAGCUCAAUAUACAGAGGAGUCACUAGGCACCGAUGGACAGGCCGAUACGAAGCUCAUUUGUGGGACAAGAAUUGCUGGAAUGAGUCGCAGAACAAGAAAGGACGACAAGUCUACCUUGGUGCUUAUGACGAUGAAGAAGCGGCAGCACAUGCUUACGAUCUAGCAGCAUUGAAAUAUUGGGGUCAAGAAACCAUCCUUAACUUUCCGUUAUCGAUCUACCAGAAUGAGUUGAAAGAAAUGGAGGGUCAAUCAAGAGAGGAGUAUAUUGGAUCAUUAAGGAGGAAAAGCAGUGGUUUUUCUCGUGGAGUUUCUAAAUACAGAGGUGUUGCGAGACACCAUCAUAACGGAAGAUGGGAGGCUCGGAUUGGCAGGGUUUUCGGCAACAAAUAUCUUUACCUUGGAACUUAUGCUACCCAAGAAGAAGCUGCCACAGCAUAUGAUAUGGCAGCUAUUGAAUAUCGUGGACUCAACGCCGUCACCAAUUUCGAUCUAAGCCGUUAUAUUAAGUGGCUUAAGCCCAAUCACAACAACAAUAACGAUAAUAACAUAAUUAGCUCUAAUCUUAUUGAUUCUAACCCUAAUUGUAACACCAACUUCACUCCAAACCCUAACGAAGAACAAGGGAUCAACUUCUUCCACAGUCAACAACCAUUCAAUAAUGUGGAAGAAGCAACAUUGACUCAGCCUCGGCCAGCUGCUGCCACGUCAGCCCUAGGACUUUUGCUCCAGUCAUCCAAGUUUAAGGAGAUGAUGGAGAUGACAUCUGCCGCGGAUUUGUCGACACUGCCGCCGCCGGAGUCUGAGUUGCCGCCAUGCACAUUUCCCGAUGACAUUCAGACAUACUUUGAGUGUGAAGAUUCUAACAGAUAUGGAGAAGGGGAUGAUGAUAUCAUGUUCAGUGAGCUAAAUUCCUUUGUGCCCCCUAUGUUCCAUUGUGAUGACUUUGAACCCUGA